ACCAGUCGCAGCCCGAGAGAGUCGAUCGACGGCAAAGGAGGCGGCGACAGCAGGGGCGCUCGUGGCGCAGGGUCGAUAGCUCGGCGCUCGCCCGGAGAGGAGGCGGAGGCAGCGCCGGUGGCGGCGGCGCAAUGAUGGCGGCGAACCAACCGCCGCCCCCCAAGCCCUGGGAGAACCGGCGCCUAUCUGCUGAAGUUGGGGUCAGCCAGCUGACUAGGCCCGGGCAACCCACCCUCACCCGAGUGCCCCCUCCUAUUUUGCCAAGGCCAUCACAGCAGACUGGGAGCACCGCCCUGAGUACUUUCCGACCUUCGUACAGCAGCUCUUUUUCUCCGGGCUACGGCACAUAUGGAAAUUCUUUUUAUGGAAGCUACAGCCCCUACAGUUAUGGCUACAGCGGCUUGGGCUAUAACCGGUUUCGGAUGGACGACAUUCCUCCCAGCAGGUUUGUUCAGCAGGCUGAAGAGAGCAGCCGGGGUGCUUUCCAGUCCAUCGAAAGCAUUGUGCACGCAUUUGCCUCGGUCAGCAUGAUGAUGGAUGCUACCUUUUCGGCAGUCUACAACAGUUUCCGGGCUGUCUUGGACGUAGCCAACCACUUCUCCCGACUUAAAAUACACUUCACCAAGGUGUUUUCUGCUUUUGCCUUAGUCAGAACUAUCCGGUUCCUCUACAGGAGGCUGCAGAGGUUGCUGGGUCUGAGGAAGAGCUCGGAGAACGAGGAUUUGUGGGCAGAAAGUGAAGGAACUGUGGCUCGCGUUGGUCCUGAGGACAGAGCAGCCAGCUCUGCAAAAUCCUGGCCCAUUUUCUUGUUUUUUGCUGUUGUUAUGGGGGGACCCUACCUCAUAUGGAAGCUGCUAUCUACCUAUACUGAGGAUGAAACAGCUUCCAGCAAUUGGGCAAGUGGAGAGGAUGAUCACGUUGUUGGAAGAGCAGAAUAUGACUUCAGUGCUGUUUCGGAAGAAGAAAUUUCUUUUCGCACUGGUGACAUGCUAAAACUAGCACCAAAAGAACAACAGCCCAAAAUACGUGGAUGGCUUUUGGCUAGCCGUGAUGGUCAGACAACAGGACUUGUACCAGCUAAUUAUGUCAGAAUACUGGGCAAAAGGAAAGGGAAGAGAACCACCGAGCUGGAGAAGGUUACAGAGCAUCAGCCAACAUUUCCCAGUGCAACGUCUGUUCAAGGAGCCACAGCCGCUGACACACUGGAGGAGCAGGAAGCUGCUUUUGAGUCAGUUUUUGUGGAAACAAAUAAAGUUCCUGUCACCUCCAGCCCUAGUGUGCUCGGUGGAGAUUCAAAGGACCUUUGAUGUGUUUGAAGAUUUAUCAAAGUAAUGGGAUUGUGCUCACCAGUAAUAUUGUAGGGUAGGCAUUCAAUAGUGAUGUAGCAGAACAGUUGUUGACUGUAUCUGGGUAACUUGCCAUUCAUACCUGGUAGUGGCAUAGCUGGGGACGUUAUUGGUCUCAGUGCUGUGCUUGGUUCAUUUAACAUUAGAUGGUUGUGUUCUGCAAGCUAGUGUCCAUUUUAUGAUCUCUGGUUUGAUCAGGUUAGCAUCUUGUCCUCAUCAGCUGACAGAGUGGUGCUUCUAGGUUCCUAAGACAGCUCUCUGUUUGAAAUCCUCCUUGGUGACUGAAAAGUCUGUUGAAUAUAGUAUCAAUGUGGCGAUAUGGAGAGAGAAAAUGAGAAGAAUGUUUUCAGAGAGUCUGCAAUGUUCAUUGAGGUUUUUCCUUAAACCCAGUUUUUUGUGAGGCAGAUAGAGAGUCUUUGGUUCACAGAAACAGGCUAUCAACAAGAACACCUUUAAGGGGAAUAUUAACACUUCAACUAGUUAGUAGUUUUAUGAGGGACAUAUCAUAUAACAAUUAAGGGGGCAACAAACUCACUUAAAUGUAGUUUGAGGUGUGUUUUGCCAAGAACAAAAUAAAUUUCUUACAAGCGUUGAGAACUGCUUCUUUGUGCUGGGCUUAUAUCAUGAAGUUCUUUUGUCUGGACAGAGGGCACGUAUUCUUCCAUCUCAGCUUAUAAAAUUUGUGUCCUUCAGUCUGCAGUUAGACCUGUCAAAAAUAUCUCACUGAGGCUCAAACUAGACAUGAUGGUAGCAGAUCUGCGUUUUGAAACUUAGGUAAGCCAUACUUUCAUCUCAUUUGAGCCUGAGUGGUUAACAAAGAUCAUAUGUAAAUCGUUACUGAUGGUCCCUUAAAAUUGAAAACAUGAACUGCCUACUAUAUCACUUAAUAUUCUGCAUAAUGAUCUUGUGAUAUUUGCUGUGUUUAGAAUGCUAAAUUUGACAUUUGCUUCUAAAAAUGGGACAGAUUAGUAUACAAAUGAAAAUGAAACCCUUGUUUUAUAACAUCCUGUUUACCUGUGCAUUAAGGCAGAGGCCAUACUAUUCCGAAUGGUUCAGUAAAAAUCCAGGUUUAUUCUGAGAAGACUUGAUGAGUGAUCAACUAAUUCACUUUAAUUAGUUGAUAGGGUAUAAUUUAUUAGAUUAGAUUAAUUAAUCUACAAACUCUGAGCUUUUCAGUGUGUUACAGCAAAGAAAAAUACUAAAAAUAUUUUGAGCUUGCAUUGCAACUUUUUAUGUCCAUCCUCUCUAUAGCCCAUCAUAAAAUGCACGUGUUUCCAAGAUUGGAAACUAAAUCUGACAUAUGCAUGGGUGACUUGAGUUUCCUUCAUCCUAAAUAAAAAUGCUUUUGCAGAGCACCUUUUCCCCUAUGUUGCCGCCAGCCAGUUAGGGUUGUGCAUGGAGCCGCAGCAAGGAGGCUCGAAGGUGGCAGGGGUCUCGCAGGCAUAUCAGCGACUUCCAGUCAUAUCUGGAAGAUGAGGGCAACGGGGUGGUAGGGAGGUACGCUGCCGCCCCGAUGAGCAUUAAGAAACACGGAUGCCAGUGGAGGGAAAGCGGCGGGGUGGUCAGUGCACCCUCCCCCGCUCUUAAAGGGAGACCCCUGCCACCUUCAAACCAGUGGAACCGCUGGUUCUGUGCACAUCCCUACAGCCAGUUCGCAUUCUUUUCACUGUAAGAGGUUCAUUUGCAUUCAUAUUGCAAUGUAGUGAACAGUUUAUAGUAGCAGUUUGCACAAUCUAAUAGCUUUGCUGGCAGGCAUUUUGCAAAACCAGCUAGGCUGACUAGUAGUAUAACUGACUAAUGUGCUGAGGUCCAAAAGUUUGGAAUAUCCUUUUGCCUCUCUCUGUUUAAAAAUGGAGCAGUGCAGUGGCUUCUGGUGAAAAAUGUGAAUUUUUUUUCAGUGAGAUGAUAGCAGCUGCGAAGGAAGAGAAUGGAAAGCCAGCCUUAGAGAGAAGGUGGGCCGGUCUUGAACAAGCAUGCACAUCAGACACUGACCAUUUUACUAGGUACUGAUCUUUACUAGGUACUUUUGGAUAGAGUGAUCUCUGCCACACACAGAGAAGGGAAAUGGGUGUGACUGAAAUACACUAGGGAAUUUAGAGUAGGCUUCUUUUUCUGUAUUAAUGCUUGAGAUUUAAAUAAAACAAAUCUUUCAUUUUA